AUGGCAGGCGCACAUGCACAUGCAGGCGCACAUGCAGCUGUGAGGUUGCGCGCCCUCUGUGCCUCUGCGGCCGCGAGCAUCAGCGAGGAGUGCGACCACAUCCUCCGGAUGGGAACAGCAGCAGCACUGGCCGCCGAGGGCAACAGCAGCCGGCAAGGGGAGAGGAGGGAGGAUGGUGGAUCCCCUGCUGCUGCCGGCGAGGAGGUACUGGUGGGUGGUAUGGGCCACGGGCCCGCACGAGACGAUCGCGACCAUGUCAUGACCGCUGCUGGGCUCGGCCUGGCCGACUGUGGUGAGCCGCUGGUGCAUCUGCUGUCACGGCAGGCGUCACGACUAGCUGCUCUAUACGAGGCUGCCAUGCCUCUAUCCCCUUCUCCCUCGUCGCCUGUAGCCGUCGGCCCGGACGGGUCUGCCGGGCAGCAUGACGGGCGGCCUAAUGCUCCCACGCGCCCGUCAGCACAAGGCAUGCGGCAGUUACGCGGAGGCCUUGACGACGGUCUCGUGCUGAAGCGGCUCGACGACAUCAUAUCGAUUGCAUAUUCCAAGUUCUAUGCAUACCUGUACAAAGACCUCCCUCUCAGCUGGAGGCAGCUGUAUACGGACGCCAGCAUACUCAGGUUCGGCUACCUGUUCCUGUCCCCGUCCCAACAAUUACGGGAACCGACCGGGGGCGGGGCUGAUGUGACUGCGCCGUCAAGGCAGGCUGCGAGAGACGCAGCCGAGCAAUCAAUACAGGAGAUGGUCAGGACCUUGGACUUGGCACUGAUACUAGCCGGCGCCGGUGGUGUUGCGCGUGGCAGGAAAUGGAUCGACACAGCCUUCGACCUCUUGGAGAGUAUCUGCGAUGCCAACAGCGCCGGUAAUGGCUUGCGCGCCAUGACGGCCUCUGACGAUAUCACGCCACCGCCGGCGAAGAGGUCAAAGCUCGACCCGUCGACUGGCACAGCGGCGCCGGGGCGAGCAUUGGCUUCCUUCUCCACGCUUGAGCCUUUUACACCACCGGUCAAGAAUCCCAUACGCCGCGUCUCUGCAGAUGUGAUGGACAUGGCAUCAUUCCAGCAGUACCUCGACCGUGCAGACCCGCAUCGAGGUCCCGAGCCGCUGAUCCUGACGGGCCUGUUGGAAGGCUGGCCAGCCAGGGGUGCUCGGCCAUGGGAUAAUCCAGAUUACCUGCUGUCGCGCACCUUUGGCGGGCGGAGGCUGGUCCCCGUGGAGAUCGGCAGGAGCUACGUGGACGAGGGCUGGGGCCAGAAGAUAGUGACCUUUGGGGAGUUUCUGAGGGAUCAUAUCGACCCGACCUCAGUGGCUCCUCCUCAGUGCCAGCCACCACCAGCAGCCCUGGUACCAACAGGCCCGGUCCACGAACAGCAACGCACGCCGCAGGCAGGUGAUAGAUCAGAUCCGGUCCAUCAUCCUCCCGCGCCUCCCGCUCCCCCCUCCUAUCCAUCCAAUAUCGCAAGCCGCCCGGCAAAGGCAGCAGCAGCAGCAGCCGAACCACCACCACAACCACCACAACCACCACCACAACCGUCACAACAGCCAAGAAACACAGUAGCCUACCUAGCACAGCACCAGCUCUUCCUCCAGCUCCCGCAGCUGCGCAACGACGUCCUCGUCCCGGACCACUGCUACACGGCCGCGCCCCGCCACCCGACCGACCCCGCCCAAGACCAACCAGAGCUCGACGCCCCGCUCCUCAACGCCUGGCUCGGGCCCCCAGGCACCAUCACGCCCCUCCACACCGACCCCUACCACAACCUGCUGGCCCAGGUCGUCGGGAGGAAAUACGUGCGCCUGUACUCGCCUGCCGACGCCGCCGGUGUGAUGUGCGCGCGGGACCGCGAGGGCGGCGUCGACAUGGGCAACACGAGCGCCUGGGACGUGGGCGUCCUCGAGGGCUGGGAUAUCGACCCUGGCAUGGGCGUCGACGCCUCGGCGGCCUCCCCCGCCGGCGGUGGCAUCGCAGGGGACAGGGACCGCGACGGGGGCGGGGGCGGGGGUUUCGUCAACGGGCAGGGGCCUGCUGCUGGUGAGGGUGACGACGAGGGGGAGGCGGCCGCCAGGGCUCGCCAGCAGCAGCAGCGGUUCCGCGCUGUGCCCUUUGUCGACUGCAUCCUCGAGCCUGGGGACACUCUCUACAUCCCCAUCGGGUGGUGGCACUACGUCAGGGGCCUCAGCGUCAGCUUCUCGGUGAGCCUCUGGUGGAACGGCGGGGAGGAGUAG